AUGCGGCAAGGCCCAGAUGUCUGCCUGGAGGCCAUGCGGACAGAAAGGCUAGCCAUAGCCGCAGUUAAAACAGCCCCCUCAUCUCCGUCUUAUAUGGCAAUAAAACAGGGACGGGAUGAAACCUUUGCGCAAUUCAUUGAUCGGGUAACUGCAGCUAUAGAACAGGCAGAGGUUCAAGAGUGGAUGAAACCUGCGCUUCUCAGGCGAUGCAUUUUAGAAAAUACUAAUCCAGAAACAAAGUCUAUUAUACCAACACUGCCUGGGGAUGCUACGAUAGAGCAGAUGCUGGAGUGUAUGAGCAGGGUGCCUGUAGGCCCCCAGGCUAUGUUGGUAGAGGCAGUUAGGGAGUUAGGGAGGGACCUGAUCCAGGCCCAGCACCAAGCCUUUGCAGCCCUAGCCCCAUUACGUCCAUCUGAGAAGCAACAGCGACCACCGACGCGGCGCCGUCCCAAGUGUUUUCGAUGCGGGCAAGAAGGACACUUACGGCGAGAAUGCCGUGUUCGACGAGUCUGGUGCGAGAACUGCCACUCGCACAACCACAGUGCCGCUGCAUUGAACAGUAAAAUUGCUCAAUUAGUGCCUCUGCCCCAACUGACCAAAGAGAUGGAAGCCAUCUCCGCGGCUACCAGCCCGUGGAAUACACCCAUAUUCGUUGUCCGGAAAAAGUCAGGGAAAUUUCGCCUCCUCCAUGAUCUGCGUGCGGGAGCCGGCAGGGUCCGGCUGGUGAACGGGGCCGGGCGCUGCGCGGGGAGAGUGGAGAUCUACUCCCAGGGCAUCUGGGGGACUGUCUGCGACGACGGCUGGGACCUGUCUGAUGCCGCCGUCGUUUGCCACCAGCUGGGCUGCGGAGAGGCAGUGGAGGCAGCCGGCUCCGCUCGCUUCGGGGAAGGCUCCGGGCAGAUCUGGCUGGAUGGUGUGAACUGCUCCGGGGCCGAAGCUGCUCUCUGGGACUGCCCGGCUGGGCCCUGGGGGCAGCACGACUGCGGGCACAAAGAGGAUGCGGGAGUCAUCUGCUCAGAGUUCGUGGCCCUGAGGCUGGAGAACAGCGACGGCUGCUCCGGGCGCCUGCAGGUUUUCUACAACGGGACAUGGGGGAGCAUUUGCUCUAACUCCAUCACUGACAACACGGUGACACUGGCGUGCAAGGAGCUGGGCUGCGGGGACGGAGGAUCCCUGGAAACACGCCUGCCCUCUGGCAGGGUGUCUGGCCCUGCCUGGCUGGAUCGCGUGCAGUGUGGGGAGACAAACAGCUCUUUCUGGCAGUGUCCCUCCACACCCUGGAACCCACAGUCAUGUGAAUACCUGGAAGAGGAGAUCCGCAUCACCUGCAAUGACAAGCUACUGCUCAAUCAGGGUCCCCCCACAUGCUCGGGCAGAGUGGAGGUCUGGCACCGUGGCUCCUGGGGGACGGUGUGCGACGACUCGUGGGACAUGCAGGAUGCCGAGGUGGCGUGCAGGCAGCUGGGCUGUGGCCCUGUGGUGUCUGCCCUGCAUGAGGCUGCGUUUGGGAUGGGGACGGGCCCCAUCUGGCUGGAGCAGGUGGAGUGCCGGGGGACGGAGCCGUCCCUGCAGGACUGCUGGGCCCGGCCCGGGGACAGCGGGGCUUGCCGGCACAAGGAAGAUGCUGCCGUGCGCUGCUCAGAUCCCACCCAAGGCCGUCAGAGCAGCAGCGGGAGAGUCUCAGUGCCCGUCAUCAUGUGCAUCAUCCUGGGGACCCUUGUCUGCCUGCUCCUGGCCCUCCUGGCUGGACAAGUGCUGAGCGCCGGGGCUGGGCGCAGAGGCUCCAGAAGAGCCCAGGAGCCCUUCCCCGAGGCUGUGUACGAGGAGAUCGGGUACAGCCCAGCGUGGGAGAAACGAGCCAGGUUUGAUCGCUCAGGCUCCUAUUCAGAGGAGUCCCUGACCCAGCUGCAGCCCCACCCUGGGGUCAGUGAGGAGGAGAAAGGUCUGGGAUCAGCACCAGAUGUCCUUGUCCUGCCUGGAGGUGACACAGCAGAUGGCUACGAUGAUGCCAGGGAAGGUUCCUGA